AUAAGGAACCAGAGAUGUUUAAAGCUUGAGUGGACUUUAAAUAUACAGGACUUUAUAUGAUCUGAACUGCUGAUCCGGUCUGAAAUGAGCAUCUCCACUGAGGAAACCCUGUUGGAUUUAAUUCACAGUGGGCGUGGCCUGAAGGUGUGGUCGGCCACACCCUACUUGAUCAGUCUUGGUAGUGGUGGCUUUAUUACUUUGAUACCUCUAACUGAAGAAAUAUCACAAAUUGGUUUUGAGGAUGCAGAGUCGCCACAGGAUGUCACCGCUGACGGUCCAGGGAUCCAACCGCACCACUGUGUCAUCACCAACAGUGCUGGAGUUACUACUUUACACCCCAAUGGAAAUAUGUGCCGUCUUGAUGGAGUUCAAGUCACCAAGCCAGCAAUGCUCACUCAUGGUAAUACACAGUAUUUUUAGCCUCCCCUUAAAAAUUGCAUUUAUAAAUCCCUUACUGUACUGUUACAGUAACUAACCACUACUGCCCACUUGCUAUCAUUGCAUCAAUAGUGCUCUUUCAUAUCUGAAACUCCCCAGAGGUUAUGGUUAUAAAUGGAGGUCAACUAUUUGAUGUGGGCAUGUCUUAUUCGGCCACUUAGCAGGUUCUGUGGAUCUAACCUUGCUUGCUUACGGCCUCAGAGAGAUAUCAAAACAAACAAUGGCAUUGAAUAACUUCCUGUACAGCAAUAUCACUCAGACCUGACACACCACAGGAAUAACAUCUCUUGCCCACUUUCUCUCUCUCUCUCUCU